CUGACGGCGGUGUGAGUGCUGAGUUCGGCCCCGCCCUCCCAGCGCCGCACUGGCCCGCCCUGCUCACACAAACUCCCCGCCUGAGCUCUGCCCGAGUCUGGGGAAAGCGUUACGGCCUGGAGGCGGUGUGUGAAAAAGAGACGUUUGUAGACGAAACUUUUUGAUCGUCUUUUUUUAGGAGUUAAAAACUAUGCCAAUGACCAAGGGGGUCGAUGGAUGAAGAUGUGACAACCCUCUCUCCCCAUUCCCACCAGCCCAAUAUCAUCUUCCAUGGGUCAGGUGGGGAUGGUGAAGCCGAGGAGGAUGAGGUAGAAGUGGAGCUACAUGAGACGGUACUGGUUUCUGGAGUGGAGGAUGAUGGUAUAGCGGUGCAUGGUUUUUCCCCAGAUGAGUUGGUUAUCCAGGAUGCCAUGGGAGACGUUGUGGCCGAGUAUGUGCAGGACAACGAUGAUGAAGAGGAUGAGGAAGGCCUAAGCACCAUUACCGUAGGGACAUGUGUGAUGUCACCUGGAAUAGCUCUGGAGGAUGUGCUCAGUUCCUCUCAGGUGCAGGAGGACCCAGAUGCGUGUGAAAACUACCUCAUGAUUUCCUUGGAAGAACCUGGGAAGAUUGUGUCAGAUGAUGAUGUCAAAGUUACCACAGAGGGCACUUUAGAGGAGCAGGAUGACAGGGAAAAGGAGGACGACGAUGGUCAAGAGGUCAUUAAGGUUUAUAUCUUGAAGGCCGAUUCAGGGGAUGAUGACCUGGGUGGCACCGUGGACAUCGGAGAUGCUGACAUUGAUGUGGAUGAAAGUGUGGAGUUGAUGGAUCCAUCUGCACUCAGUGAUAAAAUGGUCCUUAUGCCUGUGGGAGAAGCCAGUCAGAAUCAGGAAGACAUUAAUGUGGCCAAGAUUACUGAUGAAGUGUACAUGGAGGUGGUGGUGGGGGGUGAGGAGCCAGCCAGUCACCAGCGGCCAUUUGACAACACUUCACUUAGCAAGGACUUCAUGCCUGUAGCUUGGGCAGCUGCUUAUGGUGGGCAGGAGAGCUGUGAGAACAGGAAUGGAGCAGCCAGUGCAGUGUUACAUGUCGAAGAUUCUGACAGUAUGGAGAAAAUCAACCACCAACGAAUCAAAAGCAAGAACAAAAAACACACAGAGACGCGUCACAUCCAGACAGCCAUUAUCAUUGGUCCAUAUGGCCAGCCUCUCACAGUGUAUCCAUGCAUGCUGUGUGGUAAGAAAUUUAAAUCACGAGGCUUCCUGAAGCGUCACACCAAGAACCACCACCAGGAUGCCAUAAACAAGAAGAAGUACCAGUGUACAGACUGUGACUUCACCACCAACAAGAAAGCUAGUCUCCACAAUCACAUGGAGACCCACAAACUGAGCAACAAGAGCGCACCGUUAGAGUGUGAAACAUGUGGCAAAGAGUUCCACCAGCAGGCGGCACUUAUCUCCCACCGGCUCCAGCACCAUUACAGAGAGCAGAAGCUGCAGAUUCCGCCGCCCGCUACAAAAAUGCACAGCUGCAAGUUCUGCGAAUAUGAAACAGCCGAGCAGGGACUUCUUAACCGGCACUUACUGGCUGUGCACAGCAAAAAUUUUCCUCACAUCUGCGUGGAGUGUGGGAAGGGCUUCCGGCACCCUUCUGAGCUGAAGAAGCACAUGAGGACUCACACUGGAGAAAAGCCGUACUCAUGCCUGUACUGCAGCUACAAAUCGGCUGACUCGUCAAACCUGAAGACACACGUGAAGACGAAGCACAGUAAGGAAACGCCACAUAAGUGCGAGCGCUGCUUCCAGACCUUCGCUGAUCCAGAGGAGCUUCAGCAACACGCGCUUGCACACGAGGAGGAAGCCAAGAGCCACCAGUGCAUGCACUGUGAGCAUCGUAGCUCCAACUCCAGCGACCUGAAGCGCCACAUCAUUUCCGUUCACACUAAAGAAUAUCCACAUAAGUGCGACACGUGUGGAAAAGGCUUCCACCGGCCCUCUGAGCUCAAAAAGCACUCUGCCGCUCACAAGGCCAAAAAACUGCACCAGUGUCGCCACUGCAGCUUCAGGAUCGGAGAUCCGUUCGUGCUCAGCCGCCACAUCCUGUCUAGCCACACCAAAGAAACGCAACAGCAAACCCCAUUCUCAGACAAAAAAGGCCUUAAGAAGGCAUUUGUUCUGGGUGCUCACGGAGGGAAAAAGGUUUUGGCCAAAGUACACAGAGAGCGCAGGGUGUAUCAGUGUCAGUAUUGUGAUUACAGCACAGGAGACGCCUCUGGCUUUAAGAGACAUGUCAUCUCCAUCCACACCAAGGAUUACCCACAUCGCUGCGAUUUCUGCUCCAAGGGCUUCCGCAGACCAUCGGAAAAAAACCAGCACAUUGCACGUCAUCACAAAGACAUGGCAUCUGUUUGAUGUUACACAACCUCACUGCAGUGUACGGGGUGUGCGAUAUGGCAGAGGAAAGAAGCGCAUCGUAAUUCUUAGUUUCACAGAUAUUUGGAUACAUUAGUAUUAACUGCAAAAUUGAGUUGAACUUUUUUUUUUUAAAUCUGUGUUUAUCACAUGAUGCUAUUUACCAAGAAGGAUGAAAGAAAAAAAAAUUUGGUUUCCGAUAUAGAUUUCACCGUCCAUUCAGCCACCUGUUAUUGCAAGUCACAUUGCACUUGGUAAAGAAGUAUAAAAACGUAUAUUGACUUAAUCGAUCGUGAUAUUGAUGCCAUAUUGUCACAUCGCACACCCUUUAGCAGAAUCCCGUUUUAUCGGCUUCUUGUUUAGUGACGUUGAUCAUACUAACACCAAGAAUGUGUAGUGUAGAGAUAGCGCCCUGUGUUCCAAUUUUAUUAAUGUUCCUUUUUCUGAUCAUUAUUUCCUGCCACCUCUUUCUAUAGGAGUGGGCGUGACACCUGUUAUAAAAUUUUCAUGUGGUAAUAUUCACAACAGUGUAUUAGAAGCAGGCAAUAGAACACAUAUCUGCUGAAAAUGCAGUGUGUGUGUGUGAGAGAGAGAGAGUGUGUGUGCUUACCGAUUUUGACAUUUCCCAGUACUGUAAAAAGAACAAAAGUGACUGAAAUCAUACGAGAUUGAGUUUGAUCUCAGGAUGGCAUACAGUAUCUCCCCUCUCACAAGCCAGUCAGAGUUGCUGUGAGCAAAAAAAAGUGUUUUUCUUAAUGACUAUUCAUGAAAUUCAUCAACUUUCAUUAAAAGUCAGUAAGCUUGCCGUUCUUUUCUUAGUACACGGAAAUGUGCAAAUGUCCUUUAGCCGUUUGUUACACACAUACACUACAGACGAGGUUCAGAUUAGAGUGAAAGAUGCCCUUCAGAGGGAUUUAUAUUUCCAUCAUAUGCUGAUGUAAACUGAAUUAUUGAAUUAACCAUCCUAAGGAGACGUUCAGGUGUUCGUGCUAAACAUUUCACCAUAUUCUGUUCUAACUGCCCAUGCCUGUUGUACAGGCUGCUAACAGAAAGUAGCUCAGAAACAAACUCGAUGGGGAGAAUUUGAUUUGAAAUCAGUUUGACGAUUGUUUCUGGUCUAAAAACGUUUUUUUCGUUCUUGUUUUAAAUGCACAUUCUUGCUAUUUUAAAACCCUCACAAUUGAUCUUUCUGUUAAAUUAUAAAGAGGGUUUUUUUGCACAAAUUCAAAUUUGUAGACUGACUGGUCUGAUGUAAAAUCAAGCUAUAGUAGCUUUGUUUAUGCCAUACGAUUUCUAAUUAAAGCCAGAGUAUUGGUGAAUCACAGGCAGCCCUGAGCUCUUCACAUAUUAAAAUGUCUCCGUUUCAGGAAUCAGUCUACAUGUAGCAUACAAACGGUUUCAUGUUAUCUUCCGAAUAGCCGCACAUCUUCCAUUAGCAACAUCUUUUGCACAUUUACGAAAGCGGGGAACUUUAACACGAUUACCACGUUACCCACCUUCGCGUAAACAGUCAUAGCAUAAGCAGCACUGAUUUGGAUUCUUAAACAUCAGAUAAGAUUCGAUACCAUGUCAUCUUUCAGGACAACAGUAUAAUGAUCCUGAUGGUUUAUAUGACUUUGGUGCAUCCCUAGUUACCACAUGCAGGGUACAUUACACCCAACAUGCUAACAAAAAAAAAUAUUAUUGGCCAUAUAAUGCAACACCUUCAUCACAGAUACAGAAAGUCUGCUAAAAACAAGGAAUUUUCCUAAAAGCCAGGCACCAUAUAUUCUAAUCUGUCUGUAUUUAUUUAGUCCAUUAAUGUUGAAAUUAUGACUGCAUUUAAAUUUGGCAGAUUUCAGCUGUGUGUGUGUAUGUGAGUGUUGGGGGGGUGGGUGUGGGGGGUGUGGGUCUUGGGUUUGAGUGAAAUAUUUGUUGUUAAACCAUUAAUGAAUGACUAAGACACCUACAUGGAAGAUAUAAAGUAUUUAUAUCACAAUAAAUUUAUCACAGCUCACAAAAUAAUCAUGACAUAUCAGUGAGACAUGUCUUAACUAAGGACCCUUAGUAGACAGCUGUCCUUAUUCUUUCUAUUCUACCUAGGCCGCUUGCAUCUGAAAUAGUUUUUAAGUACAGAAUAAUCAUGUUAAGUGGACUGAACACGGCCUUUUGUCUCUAAACGUGUAGAGGAAUGAUGCACAUGAUUCUCACAAAAUCUAAUGUAUAACUUUGAAUAGCUAUAUCCUGAAAGACGUCGUGUACAUAUAUAACUUUUGUAAAUACAGAAUUAUUAAAAAAAAAAAAAAAAAUA